CCCACUCUCUCUAUUUAUAGAAUCUCUCUGGAUCACUCCACUCAAAAACUCAUAAACGUAUACAUUUUCCGUCGCCACUGAACUAAGCCAUGUUGAAGCCUCAAGCUUGCCAGUUCGACUCCAUCAAAACGAUACUGCCAUUAAAGAAUCCUUUGCUCCAUGGCUCUGCUCGUCCAUUUUACGUACGCCGGCCUUCGUUCAAUAGAGCUCGUAAUAAGGGUAAACUGGUGUUUUUCACCAGAAAUAUUAAAGCGGUCACCAUUGGAACUGAGAAGCUCGUCGGUGUCAACGCUACCGUCACAGUGAAACAAACCGUUAGUUCCAUGACAAACCUAGGGCUAAACCGAGGGCUUGAUGACAUACAAGACUUGCUCGGUAGAACUCUUCUGUUGGAGCUUGUUAGUGCUGAGCUUGACCCAAGAACCGGAGGGGAGAAGGAGACGGUUAAAGGUUAUGCCCGACAAGUGAGCAAAGAGAACGAUGACGUGAAAUACGAGGCCAAGUUUGAAGUUCCGGCAGGUUUUGGAGAAGUUGGUGCUGUUGUCGUUGAGAACGAGCAUCACAAGGAGAUGUAUGUACAGGAAAUCGUUCUAGAUGGUUUCCAUAACGGACCUAUCAAAGUAAAAUGUGCUUCCUGGGUUCAUUCCAAGUUCGACAAUCCUCACAAGAGAGUCUUCUUCACAAACAAGUCAUAUCUGCCAUUGGAGACCCCAAGUGGAUUGAAGAAGCUAAGAGAGGAGGAGCUGAAGGUAUUGAGGGGUGAUGGGCAAGGAGAGCGCAAAUCGUUUGAUAGGAUAUAUGAGUAUGAUGUCUAUAACGAUUUAGGCAACCCUGAUACUGAUUUAAGCAUGAAAAGGCCCAUAAUUGGUGGGAAACAGUUCCCUUAUCCUAGACGCUGCAGAACCGGACGGCCCAUGUGUAACACCGAUCCAGUUUCAGAGAAAAGGGCAAGCGUGCUGCCGUACAUACCGAGGGACGAAGUAUUUUCCGAGGUUAAGUUGCUAACGUUCUCAAUAGAUUAUCUCUACUGUGUGUUACACAGCAUGAUGCCAUCGCUAGAGCUUGCCAUGGCCGACGCCAACCGUGGGUUUUCAAGCUUUUACGAAAUCGAUAAACUGUUCAUUGAAGGGAUAAACUUGCCUCUUGAAAAGGAUAAAGGGUUUCUAAAAUCAGUCAUGCCUCGGCUCAUCACGAGUACUAUGACCGCCGCUAACAAUGUUUUGCGCUUCGAACCUCCUCCGACGUUCCAUAAGGACAAGCUGUUUUGGAAUAGGGAUGAAGAAUUUGCUCGACAAACUCUGGCUGGUUGUAAUCCAUUUAGCAUUCGGCUGGUCACGGAAUGGCCAUUGAAAAGCAAGCUUGACCCAGAAAUUUACGGUCCCUCGGAAUCUGCCAUUACCAAAGAACUGAUCGAGCGACAAAUCAAAGGUUAUAUGACAGUUGAUGAGGCAAUAGAGCAAAAGAAGCUAUUUGUCCUAGACUACCACGACUGGUUCUUGCCAUACGUAGAGAAAGCAAGGGACGUUGAAGGCAAACCACUGUAUGCAUCUCGCACCCUGUUCUUCUUAAAUCCAGAUGAAACAUUGAGGCCUCUAGCCAUCGAACUAACACGACCGCCGAUGGACGGCAAGCCGCUCUGGAAGUCGGUGUACACACCAUCUUGGAAUCCCACCGAUGUCUGGCUCUGGAGGCUUGCCAAAGUUCAUGUUUUGGCUCAUGAUUCUUUCCAUCACCACAUUAUAAGCCACUGGUUGAGAAGUCACUGUUGCACUGAGCCUUACAUACUUGCCGCAAAUAGGCAACUGAGUGAAAUGCACCCAAUCUAUAGAUUGCUGCACCCACAUUUUCGGUAUACGAUGGAGACUAACGCUCUAGGUCGACAAUUCCUUAUCAACGCUGGUGGGAUUAUGGAGAGUAAUUUUAAUGCAAGCAAGUACUGUGUGGAGCUCAGCUCUUUGGCUUAUGGUCAGCAAUGGCGAUUUGACCAUCAGGGUCUUCCUGCAGAUUUAAUUAGCAGGGGAAUGGCAGUUGAAGAUCCCAAUGCACCUCAUGGUAUAAGGCUGGCAAUCAAAGACUACCCAUUUGCCAACGAUGGUCUCAUCCUCUGGGAUGCGCUUAAACACUGGAUAUCUGAAUAUGUCAACCAUUAUUAUUCAAAAGCCAGUUUCAUAGAGUCUGAUGAAGAGCUCCAAGCAUGGUGGAAGGAAAUCCGAACAGUGGGUCACUCGGACAAGAAAGACGAACUGUGGUGGCCUGAUCUCAGAACCCCACAAGACCUUAUUGAGAUCCUCACAACGAUGGUUUGGGUUUGUACUGGUCACCAUGCUUCAGUCAACUUCGGACAAUAUGCAUACUCUGGUUACGUCCCAAAUAGACCCACCAUCGCGAGAACCAAAAUGCCGGACGAAGAUCCUUCGGAGGAACAAUGGAAACACUUCUUGGAAACCCCUGAAGCUGUGCUCCUUGAAUGUCUCCCUUCAAAAUUACAAGCUGCUAGUGUGAUAACAGUUGUGAAUGUGUUAUCGAAUCAUUCUCCGGAUGAAGAAUACAUUGGGGAAACCAUUGAGCCAUCGUGGGCAGAAAACCCUGAUAUAAAGGCGGCAUUUGAUAGGUUUCAUGGAAGGCUGGUAGAGCUUGAAAGUGUUGUUGAUCAAAGGAAUGGUGACAAAAGCUUGAAGAAUCGAAAUGGAGCUGGGAUUAUACCGUACGAAUAUUUGAAGCCCUUCUCGAAGCCUGGGAUAACAGGGAAAGGAGUUCCAAACAGUAUCUCCAUUUGAAUCUGUUAAUGCUCAAAUCAUUGUUCUUCAUUUAAAAAAUAUAAAUUAAAAGUAUAAAUACAAUCAUAAAUCUAAAUUAUGGA